UACCUGUUGGAGUCGCCGAGGAAAUUGAUUCAGCGGAUUGAGGCAUUGUUUGUUGAAUAUCUUCAGUGACAAAUCAAAUGUCUUUACCUCUGAAAAGCCCAUUGGAGCUUACGAGGUGGUUUCCAAACUCUCACCGAGUGUCGAAAAAGAAAAUCUGAUAUAACCAUUCAGGUAUCUCGCCAAGGGUUUCACGGGAAGCAGCAUUAGGGUGUAUACAGUGACCUAAAAGUCCAUCCUCACGCUGUCGUUUGUGCCAGAUUUGCAAUCUUUCUUGUGGUUAGACGUGUCUAUUAUGCUCAAAAGGCGAUGAUUAUUCCAACCAUCGUCAUUAUUCGAUGCGAUCACGAUGUCCCAGCUACAUCCAAACGUUCAGUCAGAAGAGGAGAUGAAGAGUCUCCAAAUCGGGAGAUUGGUAAUCAAAGUUCAUGAGCAAUUACAUACUUUAAAAAUGAAAGCCAUCAAGGAAUUCUAUGAUGAAUAUGGCGAGGAUAUGAGUGGGUGUUUGUGGGAACUUUCAGAUCCAGCUGAUCCAGGGAGGGAGUUGGUCUGGAUUCCAAUCAACCACUCAUUGGUAUUACCGCCUCUGAAUGGAUGGCCAACGAGCGCAUUAGAAAGAUUAGAAAAGAAGUUGAAGUACGAGAAUUUUAAUUUGAGUUGGCUGAAGAACACUAGAACGGUCAGAGUGAAAUGCCUUAAUUCUCUUCAAUACCAGGACUACGAAAACGGCUUUGGUUUUUGUGGCCCUCGAUUUGAUUACAACUUUCGUGAGAGAGCUUGUGGUAAGCGUCUACUGCGAUCAACGGACCAGUUUGAUCCCCGGAACCCACCUUCUUUUCUCGAAUGGAAGUUUUCUUGUUACCAGUUUCCGAAUUCCAAUAUCGAGGAAUGGACUCCUUCAGAGAUUUCUGAGUGCCAUAUGGCAUUGGAUGGUGUCAAACUGCGUGUCGAGUUGUUACCCGAUCCUGAGUGGGUGCUUCGAUGCUUGCGAAGUUCCAUAUUCUCUAAGCUCUCAUGCACGACAGAUUUGAACACCAGAAAGCGCUUAUCGAUAAAUGAUGUAAAGGAACUCUUCUUGCGAGGGCCUAAGCUUUCUGGAUGGAGAUGGGCAUUUGAAAGCUGUCUUUUCACCCCGAACCUUGUCAAGGCUUUACAAGAUGUGGACAGAAGUAUCGGAUCAAAAUUCUGGUCAAAAAAAAGAUUGCUCGAAUGCGACAACUUAAUAGAGAAAGGGAUGCUGAAAUUGGAGCCAAUUGAUAGUACUUGCAGAGAUUUCGAGAUAGGUAACAACAAUAUCGGAAUAAGCAGGACAAGUCAGGAUUUGUCUGUCUCCAAGAAAACACUCGCAAUAGAGAAUACCAUGCCAAUAGAAAGCCAGACCACCCAAGGUAUUGGCAAGAAACUUGUCGAUGUUUCCAAAAAAUUGUAUGAAGAACUACUCAGUCGACGUAUAUUGGAGACGAAAAAGUUCCUUGAGGAGCAACAUACUGUCCAAAUUACUGCGCUAAACUUAGAAAUGUCGAAAGUCUCUGAUGAACUCGCAAAUAAUUGGACCAUCUUUCGUACAGCCAAUGAUGAGAAAGAAAAAGUUGCGACGGCACAUUCGGCUCUUCAAGCAAGGGUAGAAGUGUUACGCAGGGAGCUUGACGAAUGCAAUUCAAGUCAAAGGGAUUUGUUCUUGGCUAACCAGGACUUGUGUCAGCGCAUUGAAAAUACGACCAAAGAAAAAUAUGAAGCGGAGGCCAAUGCAAAAAGAUGGAAAGAGAAAUGCGACGCUAAGCAUGAAGCCAUGGUUUGGAACUUAGGCAUAUUGAACACAAUGCUUAAGGACAUUACCGCACAGCGACUUGAGCUUGAAUAUGAGAAAAAAGAGUUUAAGGAGGAUGUUUCACAAUUAUGCGCGGGGAAAGAACUCGGAACGAUGAAUGCCCAAACAUCAGGAGAACUUGUCUAUCAAAAAGUGGCUCUCCAGGACAACGAAUUCAGUCAACCAGAUGUGUUUACGGGUAUCAAGCAAGCCCACCUUCAACACAUUCUAUUAGUCCGUGAAAUUGAGUACAAUCGAGGACUAAAAGAUGGCCAGAGCACUCAGGUAAACAAGGGAACGUCGCAGGUCUUGAGUGCUACUGCAAUUGUUGGGCAGGAGUUACCAAGCUUGCAAAGUAAAGAUAAAGAACAGAAGUUGCACGAGAGAAUUGUAGCAAAGCCUACAGAGCUUGGGAUCAAAGCACCUGAUCGACCCAAACAUCCUCCUGUUCAAGCAACUCUCGCUCCCAAAGUCGUCAAGUCUUUCAACGUGGAAUACGAGAUAGCGCUAUUACCUCAAUCUCUCGGUUGCAAGAUUCUCCCUUCCAAAUUGUCCUUAUUUAAUCAUACAUUUCUUAAGCAAGUCUAUGGCGGUGGUGCCGAUUUUUGGAAUAACAUGGAACUCGCAAUGGAUAUUGGGCCACCACACGACAUGUAUCGAAAUCGGAUUCUCAAAAUACACAGUGAUUCACAACCUGGGGUGUAUUUCGGGCAACGUCCAAUCAUGGGGCAACAUGGUGCUCUUUUACUCAUUCACGGUCUCGACGAUAAUUCUUUUGGUAUUGAGUCUAUACCAACAGAGGGAUACCCGACAUUUCUUAAUACGGUUCAAGGCCAUGCGAUGUAUGUUGGAAACUACACGGUGACCAAACAACAUGUGAAUCAUUGUUCCGAAAAUCUUUUCGGACUUGAAUUCAGAGAAUACUUGUCCAAAGAUGAAUCUAACGAACAUAGAUUUAUAGAAUGGUUUCAGAAAGAGACUGGUGCUGAUGCGGCCACCACGAGUAUUGGACUGAGUAAAAUAGUCACAGCAUUCAAAAAGGGUGUUAUUCGAACGAGCUGGACGGUACUCGAAUUCGUAGGAUUUGAUCUAGAACAUUACGAAGGAUUGCUAAAAAUGUAUGCCCAAAUCCAACCGUUUUGCAAUAGGGGAAAAGGUAUCCCAUUGAAAGACGUUCAGGGGGGCUUUGAGCAUUUAUUUCUGAAUCAGCUAUUGGUCACAUCGACUAAAAGAGUCCAUGAUAUUGAAAAUCCGAGUGAGAGUGAAAGAAAACGGCUGAAGCCGGCUCAGCAAGAUGAGAAACAAGCUUCUCAACCGCAAGAGUUGGAGGAUGAGCUGACUAUUGUCGUGGAUACUACGCCUAGAACUCAAUGAUCGCUUAGUUUGAUGAUAUACCUCGGAGCUCGCUUGAUAUCAUCGAAUGUUAUUUUCUGCGCCAUUACGGAGCGGGAAUAGUCGGGACGGGCAGGGGUGAGGUUGUAAUGUUAUUUGAUUCUACUUUUGACGGUACCGGAUGUCAGGGUCGGGGUAGAAAGUGUGUUUGUUUGUUUUUUGAAUUGUUGGGGUUUUAAAAUGGUGUAACAGCGUGAAAUGUAGGUGUGUUUAGGGCAUGGAUGUGGUUUCGAGGUUCAGACGAUGUGCGUGCGGGUGAGAUGGCAAUACCUGUUUUCUUCAUCUUUCCAAAAAAUUAAUAAAGAAAUAAACGUCCACCGGGGUUUGACUCCUAUGAGUAGAUUUGGUCAGAAGAGGUGUUAAGUACGAAAAUACCAUGUUCUAAAUCCAAUAGUAUCUCUUUUCGUGGGGUUAUGUUUUGAUGCUU